AUGCAGAUGCUCUCUCUUUUACGCUUCGCCCAGACGCACGAAAGUUUUCGGUGCCCUGAGAUCGAGGCACUUUCGACGCUUGCGGACCUGCCCUGCGAGCUUGUGUCUUAUGACGAAAAGUCUCCGUUCUGCGUGGUGAGGUUUCCGAGUCUUUAUCCGUGUGAGGAAAGCGAGAGCACGUCGCUACCCAGCCCAGUGGCAUACGAUCCAACAUCUGACGCGAGGAUACGAGGCUUUGCAAGCCGCUCGAUUCUAUCGAAAUGUAUCUAUGAGGUUUGGGGCCAAGGGUGGGAUUACGAGGAGCUUCACGCGGAUGUCAGGCGGAGGAGUCACCAUCUAUGGGCGGCCUUCCGGCAGAGUUCGUUCAAGUUUUCUGUCGACUGUUUUGGGAGUACGAGGGAUGUGGACCAACAGAGAGAUAUCAUCAAUUCGUUCCGAUAUCUUGACUUGAGGGGCAAGAUCAAAAUGAAGGGACCAGAGGUCGAAUUUGCGGUCCUGGAAGAAUGGUUUCCCUUGCCGUUACAAACUGAAGCAAAUCCUACCAGCGGCACCGGCGGACAUCCUGGAGUGGCGGUGGACGACGGUGCUGGGACAUGUCUGAGAAGAGUCUUUCUAGCCCGCAAGAUUGGCGACUCCUGUCGCUGGCUGAGGGACAAACACGACUUGAAGAAGCGACCGUACAUCUCCACCACCUCCAUGGACGCAGAACUGGCCUUGGUGACUGCGAAUCUGGCUCUGGCGGGCCCUGGAAAAAUCUUCCUAGAUCCAUUCGUCGGCACGGGCGGAUUCAUGGUAGCCGCAGCGGAACUCGGGGCCGUGGUGCUGGGAUCGGAUAUCGAUGGUCGAAGUUUUCGUGGGAAAGGUUCGGGUUUAGAUACAGGCGUGGGUGCCAACAUGCAGAGAUACGGCCUGACCCAUCUGUUUGGCGACUGUGUGACUUCAGACCUGACCAACACGCCGUUCCGGACGUUUAGAACGGGAUCGAGACCAGGGGACGGCAGAUGGCUGGAUGGGAUCAUCUGCGACCCUCCCUACGGCGUCCGGGAGGGCCUCAAGGUGCUCGGAACGAAAUCCAGGCCGAGUCGAUCGACAGGCACGGAGCUUUGCCACUCUGCAAAGAGCAACAGCCCAUCGACGCCGACUUUGAUUAAUGGCAUACCUGCUCACAGGCUGCCUGGGUACAUCGCUCCUAAGAAACCAUACUCCUUCAUGCGCAUGCUGGACGACAUUUCAGACUUUGCCGCGAAGACGUUGGUCGAUGGCGGUCGUCUCGCGUUCUGGAUGCCCAGUGCGAACGAGAAUGAAUUCGGCGAGGAGGAAACGACGCUGAUACCCAAGCACCCGCGACUUGCGCUGAAGCACGAGUGCGUCCAGAGGUUCAAUAAAUGGAGUCGGAGGUUGCUCGUGUAUGAACGGCUGCCGGGGAUAGACAUAGGCUUGUCAGACGGCCUGGAGGCACCCAUUGCAGGUCGCACCGCGGACGAACUGAAUCCGUUCCGGAAGAGAUACUUCCAGUCGUUUGGACCAGAUAGAAACGGUAGCUAG